UGACAGUCUGCAUUGUAAAAAGAAUCGUUCAAGCGAGUUGCCGUGCGUAGAAGUACCAGCCGAACGAUUCCGUGUUCAUUUAAAAUGAAGAGAACAUUACCAUUACUACUAGCAACCUGUUUUCUACUGCUCCAUGGAUUUGCUCCGGUCACGGCAGAACCCGGUGAAACUUUAGUUCUACUGGAUAAUUUAGCCAUCCGCGAAACGCACUCCAUUUUCUUCAAGAGCCUGCAAGAAAGAGGAUACAAACUAACUUUCAAACUCGCGGAUGACGCUAAUCUGGUACUGUCGAAAUAUGGUGAGUUUCUGUACAAGCAUCUCAUCCUAUUCGCUCCAUCGGUGGAAGAAUUCGGUGGAUCACUGAGCGUGGAAGCUAUAACGGAUUUCGUGGACAAUGGAGGUAACGUGCUGGUCGCUGGAAGUUCCAGUGCCGGUGAUGCCCUACGGGAACUAGCUUCCGAGUGUGGUUUUGAGGUGGACGAGGAAAAUGCUGCCGUAAUUGAUCACCUAAACUACGACAGCUCGGACAGUGGAGACCAUACGCUGAUUGUUGCCUCACCGGAUAAUCUGAUCGAUUCGGAGAUUGUUGUCGGAAGGAAGGGAGUAGGACCGUUGCUGUAUCGAGGUACCGGUUUACUAGCCGAUAAAGAGAACCCAUUGGUUUUACAACUGCUAACGGCCGAUAGUAGCGCGUACAGUUACAAUCCGGAUACGCCCAUCAAAGAAUACCCGCAUGCAGUUGGAAAAGGAACACUGCUGAUUGCAGCUCUUCAGGCUCGUAACAAUGCUCGAGUGGUUUUCUCCGGUUCGUUGUAUUUCUUUUCCGAUGAAGCUUUCCUGUCACCGGUUCAGCGUGCUCAAGAUGGUAAGCUGCACCAGAAAUCCGGCAAUCAAGAGGUGGCUACCGCCGUCAGUAAGUGGGUGUUUGGCGAAAAUGGUGUGAUUCGAGUUCGAUCGGUUCAACAUCACAAGGAAGGUGAAAGUAGCCCACCUUCGUCGUACACCAUUACCGAACCGGUUGUUUAUACAAUCGAAAUUGAGAUUCUUGCCGACGGUGGCAAGUGGAAACCGUUCCAAGCUAACGAUGUCCAGCUGGAGUUUGUUCGUAUUGAUCCGUUUGUGCGAACUACGUUGAAAUCUAUCGGAGGAGGAAAAUAUCAGGCGAAGUUUAAGAUUCCGGAUGUUUACGGCGUGUAUCAGUUUAAGGUUAACUACGACCGAGUCGGUUAUACGCAGCUGUACUCGACGACUCAGGUUUCGGUUCGUCCGUUGACCCAUACCCAGUAUGAGCGGUUUAUCCCGAGUGCCUAUCCGUAUUAUGUGAGCGCUUUUUCGAUGAUGGUCGGUUUGUUCCUGUUCUCGUUUAUCUUCCUGCACUACAAGGAAGAAGGGACUGGACCCGUGAAGACUGGAAAGUCCGGGGGUGGAGAUAAGAAGUCUCAGUAGACGUAGUAGGUUUCUUCAGUGAACUAGUAGUAGAUAAGCAGAACAAGGAUCCUUGAUCCUGAUACACAAUUGUAGUAGUGGGCGUUUCAAUAAAAUUACAAAUAGAUAUCU